CUUAUAACAUUAUCAACAAUGGAGACGACGUUGUAAUAUCAUUUCUUACACAGAUGAUGGUAAGACUAGAUAUUAGAGGCUUUUUUAAACACUGCAUGUGCUGCUUGCUAUUCCCGCGCGCCUGGAUCUGAAUUUUUCUUUUCGUUGUCCAGCUUUCGAUAUUGUCAAUUUGAACUUACUACACACAAUCAAAGUUCGACGAUAUUUUCGCAUCGCUGGUCCCUUGUUUCCACAGGAUUGUAUUGAGCGAACAUCGGGUCCAGGGAACUGCCGAAGAUUAGAGUGUAGCCAAAGUCGACUCGUCAUUCAGCAGUUGGGCUUUUAUCGUAUUCGCAUCCAUAUUGCAGCGCCGACAAAGACAGCCGCCAAGACCCGCUGAACUGCUCGCGAAGUGCAAGACAAACAGAGAACUCAACGACAAGUCGACAACAACUCACCGCAACACCAAAACAGUGGGCACCCGCCCGCCCCGUCGUUGAGCUGGUCUCAACCACCUCUCCGGGUGUCGUCGUCAUCAUCAUCAUCAUCGACGAAUCCCGCCCCUUUCUACCUCUUACCAAGAAAAGGAAGAAAAUAAAAACAAUAAGCCUGCGCCAUGCCAACAUUAGCAGCCAUAGACGUCUCGGUAUCCGACGACCGGAUAAGCCUCGUCUUCUCGCACCGCGCCCUCGCCGCCGCCUACGCCGCCUACCUCGAAGCCGAAGAUUCACGGCCACCUUAUGCGCAGGCUGUGCCAGGCUACCGACGACAUGCCAUGUUUCAUGCCGCCUCCAAAGAAGUCACACUAGCCAUGCCCAGCUUCCUUACCUGGUUCAUCACCAUGCGGCAACCGGAUGACGAAGACAGCGUGACGUUUACUUUCUCAGACGAGGAUGAGGAGCAAGCCAGGGCGUGGGCAGAGAGCGUGGUUCUUUUCGAGCCACCGGUGCCGCCGGGAACGGUGUACGAUUCGGAGGAGGACGGUGUUAGGCAGCUGCAUGUCAAGAGGCUGUGGAAUAGGGGGAAGUUGUUGCAGAGGCUGGAGGAGCUGAAGAAGGUCAGGAGCCGGGUUACGACGGUAUGCUCUCUAAAGUCGACGAGAUCGUCGCCACGGUCGUCGCCAAAAGAGGGAUCCAAGGAUGGUGUGCCGUGGUAUGAGCGGCAGGAUUAUGGAUAUGGAUAUCGAUAUGCAGGGGUCGGGCAGACGAAGGAGUUGACGAUCUUGGCGCCGUUGCCGAAGCGGGUGGCGCUGCUGCCCCAUACAACGACGGCGGGACUGUUUCAUGAAGAAUGGUGGUGAUCAUCUCAUCUUGGUGCCUGGGUAAAAAAAAAAAAAUACAUGGAAGAAGGGAAAAAGGAUCUGUACAUGACGUCAUAUUCCGGCAGGCGGGCAGAUAGGCAGGCGUUUUGCUUUUUGGGAUACCUAGGUUCUACCAUAGAUAGCGAAGCGAGGCGUUUGUCGUUUGAUUUUACGGUUUCCUUUGGAGAGGGCAUAGACUGAGUGAGAAUUGAAGCUGUCUUUCUGUCCGUU